UACCUGUCCCGCCGUGAUGAGGGCAGCAGGGGUUUCCCCGCUGGUGUUGUUGUCCCUGGGGUCCGGAACUAUGGGAGGCAAUAGCGCAGGGUUCCCUGGCUGGCUCUGAUGGCGGCGCCUGGAGCGGCCGACGGCCCCGUGCCGGUGCUGGAUGAGUUCACGGCUCCGGCGGAGAAGAGCCGCUUCCUGGAGAAGAGUCGAGGCCGCAUUCAGAGCCUGUUCGGGGUGCGGCUCGCCGUGCUGGGGGCGCCGGGAGGCUGGUGCCCUUCGGGACAGACCCGCUCGGGCCCGGCCACUGACAGGAUCUGGCUGCGGCUCUGGGACAAGGAGACCGUGCGCAACGCCAAGGAGUAUAUUAAGGGACUCUGUGAACCUGAACUAGAAGAAAAGGAACAUUAUCCAAAGGACAUGCACUGCAUUUUUGUUGGAGCACAGAGCCUGUUUCUUAACUGUCUUAUUCAGGAUACCUGUGCUGAUAUAACAGUGCAGGAAAUAGGAUUACUUAGUAUUAAGGGUGGUGCAGAGGCUGUUGUGAUGGCUAGAAGUCAUAUUCAGCAGUUUGUGACGCUCUUUGAAAACAAUGAAGGCUUGUUAAGUGACAAGGAAUCGAACAUAAAAAAGCAGUUUAAACAAUUUGUGGAAGCACAUGCAGAUAAAUAUACAAUGGACUUGUUGAUCUUGCCUAGCUCACUUAAAAGAGAACUUCUGAAUCUUACACAAAGUGAUUGUUGUGAAGCAGAUGGCAAUAUUAUAGAUCUUACUACAGAUUCUGAAAGCACACCAGAGUUUUCACAGGACAAAACCCCAAAACUAACUGUAAUGAGUGGAGAUGGAAAAACAAUAGGGGAGGAAGCAAGAAAAAAAGCUGGAACCCCUGUAACAGAGCUUACAAAACAAAUGGACACGGUGUUUUCCAAUGCACCAGGAAGGUUUUUUGUUCCUAUAAAUGGUGUGACUCCACUUGAGGCAUCUGUUUCCAAAGAGAGACAGUCAUGUAAAAGGAGGUGUUCUGAUGCUGAGGAAAGGCUUCCUAAGAAACAGUUUUCAUUAGAAAGUGAUCAGGAGGUCAGGCCUACACCGUGCAGUAAAGAUCCAAAUAGGGGUGCAGUUAUUGAUCUGAUUUCUGAUAGCUGCAGUGAGUCGGAUGAUCCACACUUCUCUAUUACAGACUGUGAUGAAAUUAGUGAGGAAAUGGAAUACAAGAUUCUUGUAAACUUUUUCAGGACCAUGGGAUAUUCCCAAAAAAUUGUAGAGAAAGUUAUUAGUGAACUGGGACAAUCAAUGGAACCAUUAAUGCUCCUGGAAGCAAUAGAAAAGGAAAGUACAAAGCUUCAGAAGGAAAAGGAACAGUCACCGCAGAUAUCUCGAACCGUAAGUGUGCAUUCAGGUGAUAGUGCAGAUCUUUCACCAACUCUGAAAGAUAGAGGUUCUAUCAGUAAAAAUCAACUUAAACCCUGUCAUACUUUAAAGGAGACAAAAAAUGUAAAACAAAAAAGAUCGAAUUCCCCACAUGCACAGCUCCGGGCAGAAGACAAAAUGCAUGUGACAGACUGUAAAAAUAAAACUGCUCUUCCUUCCACUAAAAAGUCAGAGCAUUGUAAACAAGUACAUUUGAAUUCUUCUGAUCAGAGUCCCAGUUCCAGGACAAAUGAUGUAGAAACUGAUGGUCUAAUACCGUCUUUUAACACUGCGCAAGAAUUAAAGAAAUAUGGAGCACUAAAAGAUGUUGACUUUGUAGCAAGAGGGAGCUCAGACCAAGAGCAUGCAUCAGUUCAGACUGAAACUGUAGUUCAGCAUAAAUCUGCAGGGCCCUCAAAUAUGCAAAAUAAUCAACCUGUUCAUGUGGAGAGACUAGGACAUUGCAAUUCUUCCCAGUUUAGAUUCCUCCACCAACCGUCUUUUGAUAUCCCAAAACCUACUCAACGUCCUCUUCCAACUUCUGUGUUUCCGUCCCAACUGCAUGCUCCAAAUCUAGAGAGGAGGACAAUAGGACCAUACAGUCAUCAUACAGAUGCCUCAGUUACUGGGGUUCAAAGGUUUAUGGAUUCUCUGAAAAAGCCGUACAAUCUGGAGUUGAAAAAUGAACCUGGGAGAGCAUAUUUAAAACACAUCAUUAUAGAUGGAAGCAACGUUGCAAUUUCUCAUGGUCUACAGAAGUUCUUCUCCUGUCGAGGAAUUGCAGUAGCUGUUGAUUACUUUUGGAAACGUGGCCACAGAAAUAUUACUGUGUUUGUUCCACAGUGGAGAACAAAACGUGAUCCUAACAUCAAAGAGCAGCAUUUCUUAACACAGCUCCAGGAUGUUGGAAUAUUGUCUCUAACUCCUGCAAGGAUGGUAUUGGGAGCGAGAAUUGCUGCUCAUGAUGACAGAUUUUUGCUGCAUCUUGCUGAUAAAACUGGAGGCAUUAUUGUUACCAAUGAUAAUUUCAGAGAAUUUGUGACUGAAUCAUAUUCUUGGAGAGAGAUUAUUCAAAAAAGGUUGCUCCAAUACACAUUUGUUGGGGUAUUCAUGGUUCCUGAUGAUCCUUUGGGAAGAAAUGGACCUAGAUUAGAGGACUUCCUUCGGAGUGAAGGCUGUUUUAGAGAUUUUCCACCAGCACAAAUAACUCUACCGACUGGGGGAGUGCAUUCUUCUGGGACCUCACACUUCAUGCCAAUACCCAAGUCAUGCAGUAAUAAUAGACAACCUAUGAACCAAGUACAUGGUGGUCCUCCAUCUGCCAGGCUUCCAUUUGAACCAAACUUGCCUAACGUUCAGACUGGUCUAACAAUUCCACCACAAAGAUCUACGACAGAAACAAUACAACUAAGGGAAGCAUUGAUAAAAAUAUUUCCUGAUUCUGAGCAAAGACAGAAGAUUGAUCGAAUACUAGCUGAACAUCCAUUCAUGAGAGACCUUAAUGCACUAUCUGCCAUGGUGCUUGACUGAGUAUGAUACGGGGGUCUUACAUUGCAACUGAUCCACCUAAACUUUGAAUGUCAAUGUGAAGAAACAUGUUGCUCAGUGUCAUGUCACUUUAUGAAUAUUCAAAAAACAAUACUUUUAUUUGUAUAAAAAGAUAUGAACUAUUUUUUGUGCAUAUUCCUAGGGCUUUCAAACAUCAACCUUUUUUGGUAAAUUAAGUUAUGCUGCUAUUACAGAUUUGUAUUAACAUUUUCUGUGAAAGGAAACAAAACUUUGAUUCUGCCUCCUUGGAAUUGUUUAUUAAAGUAGUAGCAGUUCACUUUA